UUUCGCGCGUUGUCAGUCGACGGCCUUCGGAUCGAUGGCCGGGCUAGGUGAGAGUCGAAGAGGACACCGAACCCAAAGCCGAUUCCUUUACACACAAAUACCGAGAGCGUGUUCCAUUUUCUAUUUUUCUUUAGAAAGAGCCAGGUUGGCCCGGGUUUGCAGGGAGCAGGUGACCAUGGUUACCAUCAACGACCACAUUAUUAUACCAUUUUCCCGGGAUCGUCGACCAAUGAUAGAUCGCUAAUGCGACACCCGCGGCAGGACCGGUGUAUCACUUUGAACAACCAAUGAGGCCGUGUCUACCUGUCUGUCGUACCGGCCGCUUCGAGGCUGAGGAUUUCGAUCGAAACCCUUUGCGCUUAGACUCAGACUAAGAGUCACCACCUAGAUCGGUCCCACUGACUGUACGGCCGUCGCGCGGAACACAAGUCGGUCGAUUAUGCGUUUGGCUUUUUGAACCUCGCGAAGUGCCCUGAGGUAGAUUGCAAAUUAGAGGAAUAAAGUUUAAGAUAAUAAGAUUCAUUUGUGAGACAAAUUAUCAUCAUGGAGUCCUGUGGGAUGAAUGUCAUCAAGUACAUUCUCUUCAUCUUCAAUUUGAUCUUUGCGAUAUCCGGUAUAGGUAUCAUCGCGGCUGGUGCGUGUGUGUUAGCAGAUGUCGGCGACUUCACUCAUUUUGUAGAAGGCAGAAUAUUGGCACCGCCUAUAAUACUCAUAAUUGCGGGAGCUAUCGUUUUCGUUAUAGCUUUUCUAGGAUGUUACGGAGCGAUCAAGGAGCACUACAACAUGUUGAUCGCCUUUGCGGCCGCGCUGUUAAUAAUAUUCGUGAUCGAGCUCGCGGUGGGCAUAGCGGCGGCGGUGUUUAAAAACGAUUUCAGCAUGGUUAUGAAAGACACCCUGAAGGAAUCAAUAAAGAAUUAUACAGAAGCUGACAGGAUGGCCUGGGAUAACGUACAGAAAAAGUUGCAAUGUUGCGGCGUGGAUGGUCCCAAUGAUUGGAGCUCGUCUAAUGGAUUCACAUCAAGUUUUCCAGCCUCUUGUUGCGCGGAAGAUAUGCAGGUGAUUUGUCAGCAGGGUAGUUCGAAGGUGUAUCGCGACGGUUGCUUCGAGAAGUUGUCAAUGCGAGUCCAUAAGGGCGCUACGGUUUUGAUCGGCGUGGGUAUCGGGAUAGCUUUUGUGGAGAUUGCUGGUAUCAUUCUUGCUUGUUGUCUCGCUACAGCUGUAAAAAGGGAAACUGAUGCUAAAUAAAAUGAGAUGUAUUAAAUUCAUUUUUUAUUACGUCAAUUUUUAACCGCAAAAUCCGCUGUCUCGUCGAGUUAAAAAUUUCGAUUAAAAAACUUAUAUUUGAUCGUAUCAAAAAAUCAAAAGAUCAAUACAUUCUUUAAAAACUAAUUAUUAUAAAUUUUAUUUAUAAUAUAAUAUCGAACAUGGAAUUUUCGCUCAUUCUUCGCGUUCGUCUCUUAAUAGCACAAUAGUAAAUCUAAAUCUCAGACUUGGUUAAUAACUCGAUACAUUUAUCAUAUUUUGGAAUUAUAUCGUGCUUCUGCUUUUAUAUACAAUAAAUAUUUAUUCCUGAAAAUACUAGAAAAAUAUAUUUCUAGAAUAGAUGAGAAAGAGGGCAGCAUUAUAGAAAUUUCCACUUUUAAAUAUGUAUACAUCAAAAUAAUUG